AUGGCUACGAUCUCGCCAGUCGUGCACAGUAGUGCGCGAGCCAUUCGCCUGGCCGAAUUUCUCGAUGCCCUGCGAGCCACAUGCAAGCCGCGAUUUCCCCAUGCGCGCGGUAGCCAGCACCGGCCUGUCGUUCUGGCCAUAAGCGGCGGCGUUGAUUCCAUGGCUCUGGCCUAUUUGUGCUCCAAGGUCCGCCGUUUUGACCCGGACUUCAAGAUCAGUGACAACCCAGUCCAGAAGUUCCAGGCCUUGGUUGUUGACCACGGCCUUCGAGAGGGUUCUAAUCAAGAGGCUGAGGCCGUUUGCAAGGCUCUCUGGCAAAUGGAGAUACUCAGCGAGGUCCUGCCAAUCAAUUGGAACAAGGAAAUUGGCCUAGGCACUGAUCCCAACCUGCUUCCCAAUCUCGAGAGCGUCGCCCGCAGAGUACGAUACCGGAAGCUGGGCACGGUGUGCGCCAAUCGCAAAGUUGCCAGCUUGAUGCUUGCUCACCACCAAGAUGAUCAGUAUGAGACGGUGCUCAUGCGCUUGCUGAAUGGCCAUGGAAGUCGGGGCCUGCGCGGCAUGCGCCGCGCUUCUGGCAUUCCUGAGUGUGAAGGCGUUCACGGCGCCUACAAUAGUGGUUGGAUCGAUGACCAGAGUCGUCAAAUCCCUUACUACAACACCAAACCUACCCAGAGGCAACGCAAGUACCUAAGGUAUGACCUUCGACACAGCAUCAACAUGCUGCUACAAGAAGACGAGCCCGCUCAGGCAGAGGACCCCUGGGCCGGCGAAGAGAAUUACGGCGCGUACUCCUAUCUCAACAGGGACGUGAGCAAAUCAUUUGUGGUCGGCCUUCUUCCCAUCGAAGAUGGCGGUGUCAACAUCUAUCGCCCUCUCCUCGAAUUCAGUAAGGACAGGCUCGUUGCAACGUGUCUCGAGAAUAACGUCCCAUGGUGGGAGGACCACACUAACAAAGAUCCGACUUUGACUAUGCGAAAUGCUGUACGGCAUCUGUGGAAGAACUUUGAGCUUCCCCAAGCUCUUCAGAAACCAGCCAUUCUGGAACUGAGGGAACGGUCCGAAUGUCGUGCCCAGGCCCUGGAGGCUGAAGCCAACAGACUGCUCCAACAAACUAUCCUUCAUGAUUUCCAACCACAGGUAGGCACACUAGUGGUCCAGUUUCCGGAACUGAAGCCGCCCAAGUCCACAAAGUAUCGGCCAACUUCAGAACGAUAUCAGGGUUGGGUAUCCCGAAAGCGCGAGGUGGCAGGUCUACUCAUCCAGCGAAUACUUGCCCUUGUUAGUCCCGAGACACAGACGGCACCACUCGCAAAUCUUCAAAAUGUCAUAUCUCGUCUCUUCCCCUCGCUUGGCAACUCAGCUGCAGAACUGGUGGCGACGCCCAAGGCAUUUCCCAUCGCGGGAGUCCAUUUCAUGCCCAUCGAAUCGACACCCCAAUCUGUCGCCAUGUCUACUCAUCCACGGACAUGGUACCUGGCACGCUUGCCCUACCCAAAGAACCGGCCUCUCCCAACCUGGCGCACUCCCUACUGGUCUUUGACCGAACAGAUUGCGAAGCACCGCAAGCGGGUCCACUGGAAGUGGUCCACAUGGCUCCGUUGGCACUUUUGGGAUGGCCGUUACUGGGUGCGGCUAGCCCACCGCCUGCCCUACCGUGUGGUCGUCAUGCCCUUCUUAAUCGAGCACGCCAAGUCCUUCAGGGAAUCACUAUUGCCUAGGGAGCGAAAGCGACUCAACGAGGCACUGAAGAAAUAUACUCCCGGCAAAGUUCGAUACACCCUCCCGGCCAUCUACUGCGAGGAGUACCUCGACCUCGACAACAACUGGCGGCCCAUAAAAGCCCUCGAUACGUCCAAGAUGAGGAUGCUGGCUCUCCCAUCCUUGGAUAUACAGGUGCCAGAACUGGAUAAGUGGCUUUUGUACGAGAUGAGGUACAAGCGGGCGGACCGAAAUACCCUGCAGAUGGCCGGCACCUUGGCCAGGAGCCCAGUCCGGGCGACGCGAAGAGUUGGCAGAGCGGUAAGAAGCAUGAAGGGCCGGAUCAGACUUACGCGGACGGCCGGGUUUCGAUCACGCUCGUCUAACAGGUGA